GCGGAAAGGACCAGGGCUUUUUUCUCGCUGUUUCCGUCCGUCCCGUUGACCCCAAUACCCUUUUGCUCGCACUACCACCGCCGACAACGAAAUGGAGUCAGACCUAGAAGAAGUAGCAAAACACUGCCAUACCGAGCUCCAUUUCUACACCCAGUGCGUCCAGAAGCACCCAGACACCUGGCAGACGGACUGCAAAGGCGAGAAGGAGGCUGUCACAAGAUGUGCUGAGGCCAAUGUAGAAAGCCUGCGCCUAGUGAAAAAAGCCUGCGCGCCCGAGAUCACAGUCUACCAGGCCUGUCUGAAAGCGAACGUGGGGACGCCGACUGAAUGUGUGGGUGUGUUGCGGGAGCUGUAUAAUUGUCAUAAUACUGUUAUGGAGGGGUUGAAGGAGGCGAGGAGGUUGGAGGGGGAGAGGGGUGGGAAAGGAAGUAGGGUGAUGUGAUAAUGGGUUGGGCAGAGUGGCGAGGAUAGGUGGCGGAUGCCGGAUGAAAUGAGGGGCUGGCGAGAGGAUGAACUGGAAUCCGGAUGUCGAUGGGCUAACGGUCGCAGGGACGAAGACUUCUCAUGUAGGAUGGAAUCAGAGUAGAUAAGGGUAUGUAGUAGACGACGACGGUAAAGAAGUGCGUGGUAUAUAUAUGGGCCUCCCAAAAACGAAACUAAGAUACAAGAUG